AUGUGUCACCAGAAGCUGGCCAUCUCCUGGUUUUCCCUGGUUUUGCUGGCGUCACCCCUCGUGGCCAUCUGGGAACUGGAGAAAGAUGUUUAUGUCGUUGAGUUGGAUUGGUAUCCUGAUGCCCCUGGAGAAACAGUGGUCCUCACCUGCAACACUCCUGAAGAAGAUGGCAUCACCUGGACCUCAGACCAGAGCAAUGAGGUUUUAGGCUCUGGCAAGACCCUGACCGUCCAAGUCAAAGAGUUCGGAGAUGCUGGCAGAUACACCUGUCACAAAGGGGGCGAGGUUCUGAGUCAUUCGAUCCUGCUGCUUCACAAAAAGGAAGACGGAAUUUGGUCCACUGAUAUUUUAAAGGACCAGAAAGAACCCAAAAACAAGACCUUUCUAAAAUGUGAGGCAACAAAUUACUCUGGACAUUUUACCUGCUGGUGGCUGACAGCAAUCAGCACUGAUGUGAGGUUCAGUGUCAAGAGCAGCAGAGGCUCCUCUGACCCCCGAGGAGUGACCUGUGGAGCAGCGACACUCUCUGCGGAGAAGGUCAUAGUGGACCAGCGGGAGUAUAAGAAGUACUUGGUGACGUGCCAGGAGGACAGUGCCUGCCCAGCCGCUGAGGAGAGUCUGCCCAUUGAGCUGGUGCUGGAUGCUGUGCACAAGCUCAAGUACGAGAACUACACCAGCAGCUUCUUCAUCCGGGACAUCAUUAAGCCUGACCCACCCAGGAAUCUGCAGCUGAAGGGAUCGACGGAUUCUCAAGUGGAGGUCAGCUGGGACUAUCCUGACACCUGGAGCACUCCACAUUCCUACUUCUCCCUGACAUUUUCAGUUCAGGUUCAGGGCAAGAGCAAGAAAGAAAGGAAAGACAAACAAGUCUUCACGGACAAGACCUCAGUCGCAGUCCCGUUCCCGUGCCUCAAGGGUGGCAAGGUGCGCGUGCAAGCCAGGGACCGCUACUACAGCUCGUCAUGGAGCGAGUGGGCAUCCGUGCCCUGCAGUUAG